AUGGUUUACAAUCCACCCUCUGGAACAGGUACACGAUAUCCAAUAGUACCAGUAAAUGUUGAUGACCUUCAAGACAGUAUAAUAACGGGUGAUGGUGAACCCCGAAUGGCAUUUGCUAUAAAUAGUCAAAUUCCAGGGCCUUCAUUGGUAGUUUAUGAAGGACAACAGAUCGUGAUACACGUGAAGAACGAUCUUUGGAUGGAAGGUAUUUCAUUUCAUUGGCAUGGACUGCCGCAGAAGGGAACACCAUAUAUGGAUGGAGUACCAAGAGUGACACAAUGUCCUAUCAAUCCAGGAGAAACAUUCACUUACAGAUUUACGGCACGACCACGUGGAACAUUCUGGUACCACUCUCAUUUAGGAACACAGAGAUCAGAUGGAUUAGCUGGAGCUUUCAUAAUAUUAGAAAAUUCUGGUUUAAAGACUAAGAAACGAAGCCGACAACCUGAUGCAUCGGAGUUUGUGUUCUUGUUAUCUGAUUGGUUUCCAUUUGGUUCCGCUACAGCAGACAAAUGGGCUGCCUGGGAUAUAAACAGGUUUUCAGAUAACUUAAAAGGAGAAAAGUGUUUUGAGGUCAAAAGAACAUAUGAUUAUGCAGAAAUAGGACAACGGGGAAUACAAACACCAGUUAUAAAUGCAAAAGGAAGACGAUACGAGGAAGAUGGGUCUACUUAUUAUCCAUAUAUACCAUUAGAAGUAUUUGUUGUGAAGCAGGGUGGUCGAUACAGAUUUAGAAUUAUAAGUUUAGCAGCAAUGAAUGCUUACCGUGUGUCUAUUGACAACCAUGAAUUGAAAGUUGUGGCAGUUGAUGGGACUGAAGUGGAAGAAGAACAAGCAGAAUCUGUUAUACUACAUUCAGCGGAGAGGAUAGAUGUUGAGAUCCAAGCCAAUGCUCCUGUUGGUAACUAUUGGAUACGGAUGGAAGACAUGGCAGCAAAAGAUACAAAUGAGAAGCCAAUAAAUAUGGUAAAAGGUUAUGGUAUUUUGAGAUAUGCAACGGCUACAAGUGAUGAACCAACAAGUUUUAGAACAGAAUGCACAACAGAUCAUCCAUGUCGUUUGAUUAACUGUCUCUUUGGCAAAUUUCCAGACCAACUAAACACAUAUUGUGUAGAUUCUGACAGUCCAGAUUCAUCAACGUCAUGUGACUUUCAGGAUUGCACUUCAGUGUGUACCUGUACACAUAUUCUCAACCUGAAAUUAGGAAACGUGAUCCAGUUUGUACUUAUAACUACUGGUUUCGGAAGAGCUCAUCCUGUACAUAUGCACGGUCACAGGUUUCAUGUAAUGAAGAUAGGAUUUCCUGAAUAUGAUAAUAAAACUGGAAACCUGACCAGGAUGAAUCCUCAUAUAAAAUGUAAUACACUUGAGUGCAACAGAGCUGAAUGGGCGGACGAAUCGUGGAAUUUUGGCAAUGUGCCAGGGAUGAAUGUUGACAAUCCACCAAUUAAAGACACUAUCAUUGUGCCCUGGGGUGGAUAUGUUGUAAUACGAAUUGUUGCUGAUAACCCUGGUUAUUGGUAUUUCCACUGUCACAUUGAACUGCAUAAUGUAGAUGGAAUGGCUUUGGUGUUACAAGAAGGCAAUAGAACACAGAUGCCUGUAUUACCAAAUAACUUUAGAACAUGUGGUGAUUUUGUCUUGAACGAUAAUGGAAACGAUGUACUUUUUGGUGACGGAUUGCUUACUGAUUCAACAGAUUCGACAGAUACAGGUACAAUUAGUUAG